ACCUAAAGACUUUAACAUCGGCAAACCUAAAGAUCACCCGUGCCUCAAUGGGACCAGCAUUGGGUCGACCUAAAGACUUGAACACAGGCAAACCUAAAGAUUACCUGUGCCCCAACGCUGGUUUUAUGGCUCAACCUAAAGACUUGAAUAACAAGAAUCUUAAAGAUUCCU